UGUUCAAUCGAUCAUCUCAGGAUCAUGCGGGCUACGGAUGGUACUUGGUCUUGCAAGGGCUGGCCAUUUCAUCUGCCAUCUUCUCAAAGCUGUCCGCUUUUUCGCCGCCAUUUUCUGCCUAUGGUGCUUCAGUCCCAUCUGUGGAUUUCGCCGAAUUUGAAGGGGCUAACGGUUAUGAUUCCUUUUCGAGGCCGCUCGGAGGAUUGGAUUCGGCGCCUUUCUCCGAGCCUUGUAGUCAUGGAUACUCUGGCUUUCCAUUUACGGACCCUCGUGUUAGUUCUCCAGAUUGGUCCUCUCUCAAUACGAAGCCCCGCGAGAUAGAGCAUCCGUGUCAGAGUCCGAGCUCGGGGAAUCAGUUUUUGGUUUUCAGCGAAGGUCAAUUCAACCGGCAUUUAGAUCUUGGACCCAACUCAUCAAAUAACGUAAUGCUUUCCAAUUGGAAUGUCCCAGUAUCCGAAGCAAGACCCAGAAUUCCAAAUUCUCGUGCGAAUCUACAUAUCGAUAAUUUUUUGAAUGCGGCAGAUGAAUGCAAUCCCGCUGUUCUUUUUAAAAAUCAUGAUGCUUUACAUCCAGAGCUUAUCGAUAAGAUUGAAGAGUGUCUCGAAGGCCCUAAAGAUUUCCAUGUUGAAAUAGCAAAAUAUGGGAGAGAGUCUUGCGAAAUUUCAAACAUCAAUAAAAUGCGGAAUGAAAUUAGCAGCCAGGAAAAAGGUUUGACAGGCCUUGCUACGAAGUUGUCGGUAUCAAACUCUGUGUCUCAAGAGUGCAAUUCAGAUGUUGUAGUGGAUGAUGGACGUUCUGAUGUUGGGAAACAAGUAGAAGAAAAAAAAUUUAUGUCUCAAAACCAGAAUUCAUUCUGUCAUUGCAAAGAUGUUGGUUUUAAUGUGAGUGAAUGUUUAGAAUGCAAUUCGUCUCAGGAGGCAGAAAAUGUUUCGUCUUCGCCUUCUUUUAUAGCAGCUGCACCUGAAAAGGCAUCAGCUAAAGUACCAGCUCCAAAAAUAGACAUUCAAAUGCUGAUUAAAAUGUGA